CAAAAUGCCCGAGCAAAGCAAUGACUACCGGGUGGUGGUCUUUGGAGCCGGCGGUGUGGGCAAGAGCUCCCUGGUUCUGCGCUUUGUGAAGGGGACGUUCCGGGAUACGUACAUCCCCACCAUCGAGGACACCUACCGGCAGGUCAUCAGCUGCGACAAGAGCGUCUGCACCCUGCAGAUCACCGACACCACGGGUAGCCACCAGUUCCCGGCCAUGCAGCGCCUCUCCAUCUCCAAAGGCCAUGCCUUCAUCCUAGUCUUCUCCGUCACCAGCAAGCAGUCCCUGGAGGAGCUGAAGCCCAUCUACCAGCAGAUCCUGCAGAUCAAGGGCAGCGUGGACAGCAUCCCCAUCAUGCUGGUGGGCAACAAGUGUGACGAGACCCAGCGGGAGGUGGAGACCAAGGAAGGGGAGGCCGUGGCCAAGGAGUGGAAGUGCGCCUUCAUGGAGACCUCGGCUAAGAUGAACUACAAUGUCAAGGAGCUCUUCCAGGAGCUGCUCAACCUGGAGAAGAGGAGGAACAUGAGCCUCAACAUCGACGGCAAGCGGUCCAACAAGCAGAAGAGGACAGACAAAAUCAAGGGGAAAUGCAGCCUUAUGUAAAGCACCGGACUGUCCCUCGUCUCUUCUCCGCCCUACAAGUUAAACAUCGGUGUUGCCCUCCCGUCUCCCCCACUCCUCCCUCUCGCUGCAUCGUAUCACUGUGACUGCUCUGGGGAGCCAGCAGUGCACGCUCACCCGGGACCGUUUCCCUUUCCGAUUCCACGCUCGGGACGUUCCCCUCCCCUGGCGACGAGGGCCACGGUCUCGCUCUCUGGAAGGGGGAUAUGCAAUACUGGGGGCUGGGGCUGGAUCGCACACGUGCAUUUCGGUUUCGUUCGUUUGCAGCGAGAUGAGGGACGCGUGGGGGAAGCUGAGGAAACGCCGCAGGAAGAAGACUCUCGAUCAACGUUGCUCUCUUCUCUUCCCCACUCUCUGGCUUUUGACUCCGUCUGUGGGUGCAGCCCGCGGGGAGACCUGUCUGAGCCUUGGCAUGGACACUCAGCCCUUCAUCGAUACACUCACAUAUUCCGGCACGAACUGAACAGAGAAUGCUGCUAACACUGACAACUUUUAGCUGGGGCAUAGUGGGGGGUGGUUUUUAAUGCACGGGGGUCAGUCCUCAUUUGGUUCCCUAAUGCCGCUGAGACCCCAAAUCUACAAGCGAGGGGGCAGAGGCUGCUCGCAAGACCCUUCCUUACCAGUCAAAGGAACACACACAAUUCCCAAAGGGGUGAUCUGAUGUACGUCGCUUACCCAGAGACUUUGAAGGACUGGCAACGCGCUUCGUCCAUCCAGGCUGGAACACAAUCCCAAGGUCACCGCGGCCCUGCUGGGGGUGGGGCCGCUCUCAGGUUGUUUGCCCAAGUUCCAAGAGACGCUGGUUAAUCACAAGGACCUGGAAGCCGACAAGGACACCUGGGGCGGGUACAAUACCCCAUCGGGCAGUGGCACUCAAAGGAGGGGUCUCUACGUUGUCGAAGGCCCUGGCUAUUUGAACAGUGGGAGAUACUGAAAAACAAAAUGCAUGUGAUCGGCACAAGGAGGAUUUUAGCUGGCCAUGGCCAAGUUAAAGAGAACGGGACACUAGCCUAGGGGGAGCUGGCCAGGAAUGGUCAAGCAGCGAGAAGAGACAGAACCCAGAUGGAAGGGAGUUAUUUACGCCGAGGCAGCUGUGAGGUGGCGUCCAGAGAGAAGUGAUCCCUUUCUCACCCCCAGCAUUUGCCUUUUUCUUUUGUUGUUGCCAAAAUGCCAAGUGGCACCAGCGCAGCGUGAGAGGUCGGUAGUGCGGAAGUGACACAAAGAAUAGCACAUAUCUAGCCAGCAGUGGGGGCGAAAGGGCUAGAGAUGGAGGAGGGAUGAGUGCCAGCACCUUGAUGGUGUUUUGGACGCAAUGUGGAGCCGGUGGGAUUUUCAGGGCGUUGAGGGAUGAGGGGCAAACUGAUGGGCCGGCCUGGGCUGGGCUGGGCCAGGCCGGGCUAUGCCAGGCUGGACUGGGCUAGGCUGGGCCGGGGCAUGCAUGGCAGUGCUAGGUUUGGCAAGAAUCUCAGCCUGAGGUGGAAAGUGUGACUGGGGGCUGCCUUUGGAACCUCUGCCCCUAGCACCACUGUCUGUGCAAACCUCUGCCCCUAGCACCACUGUCUGUGCAAACAGUGUAGUUCCAGGUGCAAGCAGGCAGCCCUUGGUUCACAACAGCUGUUGGUGGUGGUGCAAAACAGGCAAUGGUGCACACACAAUGGGUGGAGGUGCGAGACAAGCAUAUGCACGCAAAAACUGGGCACCCGCAGGCUUGAUUGCCCAUUGGUGCUUGCACUAAUGCGUGUUCUGCGCACAUGCAGUUUCCACACUUCCCCUUUUGCACGCACAGUCCCCUGUUUUUGCUCGUGGACUAGGGGCCUGCUUUGCAAAGCUGGCUGGAUCUCUCCAGCUAGAGAUGUCUGAAUCCCGAGCUGCUUCCUAGCCUUCCUCCCCCAGCGGGCACCGACUCUGCAGAGGGCCACGGUCCAGCUCUGUGACAUCUGAAUCAGGAGCCGAGUGGAGGGAAAACCUUUGCACUUAAACCCUCAUACCAGAGUGAGCGAGCCAGCGGCCAUGGAUGGCACAGGGUCUGCUCCAGUGGGUACCACCCAGCUUAGAAAGACCCUCCUCCCUGCUCUCCCAGUACCACCCUCCCUCCCUGCCAAUACACAGCAGCCGUGCGCCCCCUACCACUGGCAUCCUUUGUAGUGACCCCUCCUCCAUUUAAAUAGCGCUCUGGUCUGCUCCAGGGACAGCCCCGAGCACUGCAGCAGGCAAUGCCAGUACUACAGCAGGGGGCGGCCAUGGCGGGGGUAUUUUAUCCCUACGCUCCCUAGGGAAUUGCCCGUUGGGCCCCAGGUCCGACGGCUGCAGAUGCUCAGGGGUAGCCGUGCCAAGUGGGGUGACCCCAGGCACAUCCCAGCUGGACCCAAACCCUGCACCCAGCCCCUGUGGUUGUAAUAGGCUGA